GAAAGAAGGUGAAAUGUACAAGUCUCUCUUUCAUGACCAUCUGAACCAAGUCUCGACAACAAGUUAGUGAGUUAGUUCCAACAUCUCACAACAAUCAUUCAUCAUGGAUGAAGGGCAUACCGAAAGAAUGGAAACGACAUAUAACUACUACAACUUGCCAUCCCAAGAGCCGUGCAUUACUGGAGAUUUAACCCUGAAUUCACAUGUCAAGUCUGCCAUUUUCUGUGUGGUCUUUGGACUCGGACUUGUUGGGAACAUCAUCAUCUUAUGGGUUCUCCUGAAAGUCAUGCAUUUGAAAACUAUGACAAACGUCUGCUUACUGAAUCUGGCUCUGUCAGACCUGCUGAUGGUCCUGUCGCUACCCUUCUGGGCUCUGUAUGUUCAAGGUCAUCACAACACAGCCAAUGCCAUGUGUAAGGCUAUGACAGGAAUAUAUCAGGUGGGAUUUUACAGCGGGAUCCUGUUUGUGACCCUGAUGAGCAUGGAUCGCUAUCUGGUUAUCGUACAUGCUGUGGCAUUGCUGGGGGCCAAGAUGCUGCGCUACGGAGUUGUGGCUAGUCUUGUUAUAUGGGUGGUUUCGAUCUGUGCCACUCUCCCGGAGGUCAUGUUUGCAUCAAUGGUGACAGAGGACAACCUCACCAGAUGCCAGGGAAACUAUCCUUUGGGCUCUGCACAUAAGUGGAAGCUUUUCCGUAACUUUAGUGAAAACACGGUGGCACUUUUCAUCUCUCUGCCCAUUAUUGCAUUCUGUUACAUCAGGGUGCUGAUGGUGGUGCAGAAGACAAAAAACUCAAAAAGGGAUCGAGCCAUAAAGCUUAUACUCGCCAUUGUUGCAGUGUUUGUGGUCUUCUGGGUACCCUACAAUGUGGUUGUGUUUCUAAAGACCUUGCAGCAGUUUGAUAUUCUCAAUAGCUGCGAGGCGUCUCGUCAUAUUAACAUGGCCAUGGACUUGACAGAGACAAUCGCACUGACACACUGCUGCGUCAAUCCAGUCAUUUAUGCUUUUGUUGGAGAAAAGUUUCGCAAAAGCCUAACAAGCGUGUUUUCGAAAUACAUUUUGUGUUUGAAGGUCUACCAGUCAACGUCGAUUCAUUCAAAAGUUUCUGAAAUUGACACCUCCAACACAGCUUUGUAAAGAACAGAAGUCUUUUCUUUAUUUUCCUCCCACCAAAACAGGACCCGAUUCGAAAGUCCCUUAUGAUUUCUUCUUAAAUGAUGGAAAUGUUUUAGAAACUGCUUAUAUUUGCUGUGUUAGUUUUGCGAUUGUAGUUUUGUUUUGCACUUCUCACCUUUUGUAGCUUCGCAAUAUACAUUUUGAUGCAAUCUUUUUUGACAACACAACAUAAUAUAGAUGUACUACCUCAAUAAAAUAAAAAAUCCCUUAAAAAAAACCUUUCAACUGUAUAAAAAUCCCAGCUGGUGACACAAAAGAAGGUUUCAGUGUGCCUGUGAAUAAUACAGUGUCUUGAAGUCAAACUAUUUUAAAGUGGCUGUAAAAUGACUUAAUGCAUUAACUGACUUUAAUCGUAUUUUAGUACAUUUAAAAUAACCACAUUUCCAAAUGUAUAUAUCACAUCCAAACCAAAUCUUCUACCGUGAGCUCUUACCACAUACCAUCCACUAGCAUAUGCUCUGUACAUCACUGUCAAUAACCACAGGACUUCCUUAACCAUACACAUCAAAGGCAAAACCACCAAAAAAACAAGAAUGUACUGAAAUGGCCUAAAGAAGAGGUCUGAAUGUUGAAUCUAAGUCAAGAAGUCAAAUUGUUAUUAUUAUAAUGCUGUCUUUCUGUUUUAUUUCCAGUAUACCUGCAUAACAUUUUAUCUUCAAGUUACUCAUUUCAUACACAGAGAUUGAUUCACGUUCAUCAAUAUUUUAAUAAAC